AUGACCAAGUAUAACUAUAAAAUAAGCGAGUCUUCUAAAGGUUUGGAUGUUCUUUAUUUACUGGAUUUUGUAGUUUGUAAAUCUUCUGGAAAUUACCUCCGAACACACUUUAAGAAUACUCAUGAAACUGCGAUGGCUGUGAAGGGAAUGCGCCUGACCAAAGCGCUUGCUUAUCUUGCAGACGUUACCGAUAAAAAGCAGUGUAUUCCAUUCCGCCGCUUCAAUGGAGGUGUUGGACGUUGUGCUCAAGCCAAGCAACAUGGAACCACCCAAGGACGCUGGCCAGUCAAGUCUGUUGACUUUAUCCGCACCUUACUUUUGAAUGCCAAGGCUAACGGCGAGGGACUCAAUACCGAUGCGCUUGUCAUCAAGCACAUUCAGGUAAACCAGGCCCCAAAACACCGCCGAAGAACCUACCGUGCCCAUGGACGCAUCAAUCCUUAUAUGAGCACACCAUGCCAUAUUGAAAUUGUCUGCGAAGAGCCAUCAAUGCCGGUACCAAAGGCCUCAUCAUCUAAUGCUAUGUCCGUCGUUGCUUAG